AUGUAUGUUAUCUGUAUUUCUUCCUUUCUUUCUCGCCGUCCUUUCUAUGAGAGGACAGCCAAUGUUCUUAUCGUGGUUAGGAAGAUCAUCAAGCGAGGUAAAAUAAGCAACCCAACACCCAUUUCUAGUAUAUCUAUACGCCUAUACACGCACGAACGAGAGGAAUCCGCGCCCACGAUGGUUCGAACGACCCUAGCAUCCUUGUCUAUUUCGUCCUUCCACCCUGACCUGUCGUCCUCCGCCGUGGUUGACGCGCAUCGCGCGCUCCUGUCGAGGGAGAUCUCGCUCCCCUACCCUGCUGGGAAGGCGACGCUUCAGUUAGGGGGGAUUCACCUCCGCCUGCUACGGCAGGGCUCUCGCGCUCGCGAGGGGGACGGCUCCAUGGGCUUCGUCGUGACGGUGAAGGCGGUGGUGCGCGGGGAGCUCGCGGAGGUGGCGACGCGGGAGUUCGUGAUCGGCACCUGCGCGCUGGACUUCGCGGCGAACCCCGGGGCCGCGGAAACGGAAACGGAAACCCGCGGCGGUGGAGAUCCCGGCAAAGGCGGGCGGUUGGGGGCGCAUCCGCCGCCGAAUGGGGCGCCCUUCGCGAAGCGCGCCCUCAACGCCUUAGCGCGGCAGGCGCAGCGUAGCCAGCUGCUGCGGCGCCUGGGGGCGGCGCCGCUUUCCUCGAAUGGAUUUCUGAGGCUCGACCUACGCGUGCAGUCGGAGCGGGUGAGGCUGGUAUUGGAGGUCCGUCUCCUGCGUGCUCCCGCCGCGAACGGCGGGCUGGGAGGGGGGGGAGGGGGGGGCCGGAAACGAGAUCGCACCGCCUCGGCCGUGUUGGAGGGUGGGGAGGCGCGGGAGGGGAGGGGAUCGGGCGCGACGAAGGCAUCCGACCCCGCAUCAGCGUCCUUGGAUGCUGCUUUAGCCUCUUACGGUCUCGAGGCGGUGGUGGUGGGCACCAUUGCUUCCUUAGUUUGA